GCGCUGCAGUGCGCAUGCUCAGCGUAGUAGCCGGUUAUGGCGGCGGUGUGUGAUUGUCCAUGAGGUGGGGGACGCCUGCUAUUCUUGCGGUCUGUGACAGAGCGAUCCAAGCGAAGCGCUGCCAUGGCUGCAGUGUUUGACAUAGAUCUGGACCAGCCGGAGGAGAAUGUCUCCGACGAUGAGAACGAGGAGGUUCAACUCAGCGAUAUCAUGGACCAGUGCAGUGGAUUUGAGUUCAACAUGGACGACUGUGAGAAGAUCGAGAUAUCGGAGGACAACGUCAAUCAGGGGACGGAGAACAUCAGGCCGGAGUGCUUCGAGCUGCUGCGAGUCCUGGGGAAAGGCGGCUAUGGAAAGGUUUUCCAGGUCAAGAAAGUCGUCGGCGCAGCAGCGGGCAAAAUAUUUGCCAUGAAAGUUCUGAAAAAGGCUAUGAUUGUACGCAACGCCAAGGACACGGCCCACACCAAGGCAGAGAGGAACAUCCUGGAAGAGGUGAAGCAUCCCUUCAUUGUGGAUCUCAUCUACGCCUUCCAGACAGGAGGGAAGCUGUAUCUCAUCCUGGAGUACCUGAGUGGAGGAGAGCUGUUCAUGCAGCUGGAGAGAGAGGGCAUCUUCAUGGAGGACACAGCCUGUUUCUACCUGGCAGAGAUCUCCAUGGCUCUGGGCCACCUGCACCAGAAGGGCAUCAUCUACAGAGACCUAAAGCCGGAGAACAUCAUGCUCAACAGCCAAGGCCACGUGAAGUUGACAGACUUCGGUCUUUGCAAAGAGUCGAUUCACGACGGCACGGUCACCCACACGUUCUGCGGCACCAUCGAAUACAUGGCCCCGGAGAUCUUGAUGCGAAGCGGACACAACAGAGCCGUGGACUGGUGGAGUCUGGGCGCCCUGAUGUACGACAUGCUCACGGGAGCGCCGCCGUUCACCGGUGAGAACCGGAAAAAGACGAUCGACAAGAUCCUGAAGUGUAAGCUCAGCCUGCCGCCCUACCUCACACAAGAAGCUAGAGAUCUCCUGAAACGGCUGCUGAAGAGAAACGCCUCGUCACGACUGGGAGCGGGCGCAGGGGACGCCACGGAGGUGCAGGCUCAUCCCUUCUUUCGACACAUCAACUGGGAGGAUUUGCUGGCUCGGAAAGUGGAGCCUCCCUUCAAACCUUUCCUGCAAUCAGCCGAAGACGUGAGUCAGUUUGACUCGAAGUUCACCAGUCAGACACCAGUCGACAGCCCCGAUGACUCGACGCUCAGCGAGAGUGCCAAUCAAGCCUUCCUGGGAUUCACAUACGUCGCUCCGUCGGUCCUGGAAAACAUCAAAGAAAGAUUCUCGUUUGAGCCAAAAAUCCGCUCCCCUCGACGGAUCAUGGGCAGCCCGAGAACACCUCUCAGCCCAGUCAAGUUCUCAGCGGGCGACUGCUGGGCCCGGAGCCCCCUCCUCCCCGGCGGAGGACCGAGCGUCCUCCAGUCACCUCAGGACCAGGCCAUGGAGCUGUCCACGCCAGAGCAGAUGGAUGUCACAGCGAGCUCUGAGGCCUCGGCCCCUCUCCCCAUCCGUCAACCUACCGGCGUCAACCUGGGUCAGGUGAAGCAGCAGGCCUAUCCCGUGGCGGCCAAGCGGCCCGAGCAUCUACGUAUGAACCUAUGACCCGCCGCGCCUCUUUAGGAAAGUUUAUUUUUUGUUUGUUUUUUGUUGAUAUUUUUUAAGAAACAAAGCAAAAAGAUAUGGAUGUUAGAGACAAUUAAAAUCCAAAAUUGCACAUCCACACACUACAUAUACUGUCCCAGCCUGGAGUUUGUGCGCGGGUCUGGAACUCCAGCAAGUGCUACAGACGACAUCACCGUCUCACCACUUUCUCCGCCGACACCUCAGGUCUCAUGACCUUUUGUCUUCUGACCCUCACUUUACGAACUGGACUGGAAAUCUUUUGGGGAGAAAGCGGGAAAUCAGAGGCGGUGUAAACUCAGUAUGCAAGUGAUUUAAAAUGCAGUCGGUCUUCAGUACAAGAUGACGUCCAAAGUGCUUUGUGCUGUUUGAGUGAAUGCCAGCGAGGAAGUUGCUUCCACUGGGAGAUUAUGACGGUUCUUCUUAGACAAAAAAAUGCUUCCUGGCUCUGAAUGAAAUUACAUGAAUUUGGUUUAUUCUUGAAAACGAUCAAAGAAAUCAUUGUGAGCUGUGGACAAGCAGAGGUUCUGGUGUUGAUGAAUAUAGCUUUAUGUCUUAACAAUGUUUUACAGAAUGGAUGCAUUAACUGCUAUACGUCAAUGAUGAAUCAGACAGCCUAAAUUAAAUGAGAAAAAAAAAAAGAAAACACGUUGACUUUUUAUAUUCUUUGGGCGUUGGUGUUGUGGAUGACGCGUGGAAUGACUUAUUUGAUGUGGGAACCAUACUUCAGUUAUCUGCUCUCUGGGCGUACUACACUACGGGAUGUAUCACUGGAUUCGUUGACGCGUCACCAACCCGACAUGAUUCAGCUCGAUCACCAUCACCACCCCCAAACCAUCAAACUGAUCUCGGUGCUGCUUUGUUGUGACCCCCACUCUGGCCUCCCCAAGAGGCUGCGGGCCUCAGCGGUGACACGAAGUCAGAGCCCGUCUGACUUCAUACUGGAGACUGUGGCACCAGUUGAUCUGGACAGUCUGCAGCUGUGGGGGGGUUUAAAGCCCCAGAUACACAUGGGGCAACAUUUACACUCUGUUGCAUCAGCGCUCACUUGUUUAGGAGGGGAAUUUUAGAAAUCCUGAAAAGCAAGGAAAAUUAUAAUAAAAUGUUAAAAAACAA